AUGGUUGAUAAUGAAUUCAAAGGAGCAGAACAAAAUCAUUACAUAGUUGGAGAUAAAGUACUUCUAGUUAAUAAUACAUUUAAAGGCAACCUUCAACUUCAUGAAGUAGCGGGAUAUGAAGUCACUGCGUUCCACAAUGUAUAUGAUGGUAUAUGCAGAAUCUAUCAAUAUGCAGGAACUAGUAUACUGGUGUUUGAUUACGAAUCUAGAGGAAAUCCGUUUGAUGUCUUACUUCUGAAAAAUCCCGUGAAGCCAAUGUAUGAAUUGUAUCCUAACGAUCUGUCAAAUUAUAAAAGUGGAGCCUUUAAUGAUCUAAGAGAAUUUGCAGAAUACUCUUUAGGUAAAAUUGGUGACGAAACGCCCGACAUAACGAUUGCAUAUAAGCGACGCUUUCUAGAAGAUUUGAAGGAUGGAUUAAAAAUUAAACGUCCUGAAGGUGCUGCUAUUGUUCAAAGAUUCGAGGAGUUAAAGGGUAAUCCUAUAGUUAACAACAGAAACUCAGAAGCACCGGAGGCGCCUCAACGUAAAAUCAUUCAAUAUCUCGACUGCUCGGAAUUGCACAAAAGCUCAUUGGGUGGAGAUUCCAUUCAACUAAGCGAUAGCAUCAUUAUGAACGUGUCCAACCCUUGCAUCAUGAAAGCUCCGGUAAUUAUUCUGAAAAACAUUGAAUUUCCCGGUUUGGAAAAUGCUUUCAACAUAACUGGUAAGAAAAUAGUAAUGGUUGAUAAUGAAUCCAUCGGACCAGAACAAAAUCAUUACAUUGUUGGAGAUAAUGUACUUCUAGUUAAUAAUACAUAUCAAGGCGAUCUCCAAGUUCAUGAAGUAGCGGGAUAUGACGUCACUGUAUUCCAGAAUGUGUUUGAUGGUGAUUACAGAGUCCAUCAAUACGCAGCAACUAUUAUCCUGGUGUUUGAUAAC